AUGGGUUAUCUUGAGAAAUUAGAGGAGGCAAUGCAGCAGAAUGAAGAGAAGAAAGAUUGCCUUCAUAGUGUGAUGGAGUUUCUGAUGAUUGAAUGGGGUGAUGUUGAGAGUCACUUGACAUCGGCUAAGGCCUGCCUCACUGACUGCUUCACUGAACUGGAAACGAGAGAAGAGGGAUUAAAGUCCGUGGAAGAGUCUAUCCGCCGGAGCUUGGAGGAUUUUGAGUUAAAAAAAAUUAGUGUUGACAAAAAGUUCAUGAAACUGCUGGAAAAAGAUGGAUUCUUGAAUGCGGUUUUGAAGAAGAUGGAGAUGGUUAGGGAUUCUGUAGAUGAAAAGCUCAAGGAGGUGGCUUCGAAAGAACAGCAUCUUGUUGAUUACUAUGGUUCACUGCAGAGCCUUCUGGAGAGAAAAGAGAAUGAGCUCAGAUCCAUAGAGAAAGAUUUGGAGGGAAUGAAGGCUGAGCUUUCUGCUUCUGAGCAAUGUUUGGAGAAAAGGGUAGCUAAAUUCAAGUCAAAGGAGGAACUUUUGCAGAGGACGGAAAAUGAGUUGAGCGAAAAGGUGAAAUUUUUGGAGGGAAAGGAGAAGGAUGUUGGUUCCAGAGAAGAAUCUGUGGUGGUUGGAGAACAAGGACUUGAGGUCAAAGUGAAGGCAUUGGAGAUUAGGCAAAAUGAGAUUGAUUCACAGGAAAACCUUUUGAAGAUGAGCAAAUAUGAGCUUAGUUUACUGCAAGAGAAAAUGACAGCUGAUUUCGAAUCGAAGGAGAACCUUUUACAGAGCAGGGAAAAUGAGUUAAAUGAAAAGGCCAAAAUUUUGGAGGGAAAGGAAAGAGAUAUUUGUUCCAGAGAAGAAUCUGUAGUGGUCAGAGAACAAGCACUGGAGCUCAAAGGGAAGGAUUUGGAGAUCAGGCAAAAUGAUAUCGAUUCACAAGAAAGCCUUUUGAAGAUAGGCAAAGAUAAGCUUAGUUUGCAGCAGGAAGAUUUGGACAGUAGGCGAAAUGAAGUUGAUUCCAGAGAGAAAGCUUUGAGAACACAAGAAGAUGGGCUUAAAUCAAAUAGGGAAGAGCUUGGAAGAAUGAAAAGUGAGCUUGAUCACAGGAUGGUAACCUUGAAGGAAAGAGAAGAUGAGCUUGAUUCCAAAAGUAGCACUUUAGAAACAAAGGAAAUUAAUCUUCGUGUGAAGGAGGAAAUUUUGGAUAAAUGGGAAAUUAAGCUGCAAGCAGAUAAGAAAGAUCUCGAGACAAAAGUAAAUGAACUUUCAAAGGACGAUGUUUUGGAGGGAAGAAUUAUUGCAGCUGAGAAGGAUUUGCAGAGAAGGGAAGCAGACUUGGAUAAUAAGAAAAUGAGCUUGAAACCACAGAUGAAAUAUGAUGUUAUAUCAAAGGAACAUAAGCUUUCUGCUGCAGAGAAGAAAUUGCAGAAGAGGAACGCUGAGCUUGAUUCUGUAAAGAAAGAACUGGAUAAAAGGAAAAAUGAGCUUGAUGUAAUGGAGAUUAAUUUGAAGGCGAGGGAUGGUGAGCUCACUUUGGAGAAGAAAGUUGUAGAGGGUAAGCAAAAGUCAGUCUGCUCCAAAGCGGAAAUCUUGCAGGGGAGGGAGAAUGAGGUUCAUCUGAAGGAGCAAAAAGUUCUGGCAUUGGAAAAGGAGCUUCAUGCCAAAGAGGCGACGUUAGAUAGUUUGAACGAUGAUCUUCUCGCAAUGCAGCAAGAUAUGAAAAGGAGGGAACACAAGCUUGUCUUGGAAGAAAAAACUCUUAAGGAGUCUGAAAAGGAACUUGAAGUAUUUAAGGCAAAGGUUCGGAAUCUGUUCGGGGAGCAUGUUUUUACACAAAAUCCUCCCAAUCAAUGUGUCGAACUUGAAGAAUCCGGCUCUGGCGAUCCAACUCAAUUUAUGGAUACAAUAAAUGUUAGGAAAAGAUGUCGGGAUUCAGUGGAGUUGAGAGUAAGUUGUGAUGCUAUUGCUGAAGACAUGGACAUGGUUAUGGAUGGGGAAAAUCGCAGGAGUCCUUGUAAAAGAAGUUGCACAGAUGGAAGGAACAAAGAAGAGAUCAAGACUCUUGAUCUUGAUACAGUGGAAGAUGCUAGUUCAGUUGAUGAGCAUGCAUGCCAAUAG